AUGGGCUUGGAUAGUCUGGUUGCCCUGCUGGGAUACGCCAGCCAGCGCCUAUACCUGAUCCUUUUUGUUAUCGCCACCUACUUCGCUGUCGGCCGGGCUCGUCAAUACUGGCGCCUGAGACACUUCAAAGGUCCUAGAACGGCUGGUUUCUUAUGGUGGUGGCAUGCGAAGGCUUGCCUCAGCGGCCAGGCGCAUCAACACUACGGGGAUGCGAAUGAGAAAUAUGGGCCUAUCACUCGAAUUGCGCCCAACCAUCUGAUCACCUCUUCUCCAGAUCUUUGGGCCAAAAUCAACGGUGCCAGAUCCCUUUAUCAAAAGGCACCAUGGUAUUAUCAUUCGGCACGCUUCGAGCCUGGGAAGGAUAAUAUCUUCACCGAAUGUGACUCUGACCACCACGAUGAUCGGAGAAAGAAAAUGGCUGCUGGUUACUCAGGCAAGCAGAACCCGACCCUGGAACCCUCGAUUGACGGCCAUGUCAAAGAGCUUGUGGGGCUGGUUAGAAAAUAUGCUACUCCGGCGGCAUCAACAGGUCCUUUAAGACCAAUGGAUCUGUCCAAGAAGAUACCUUUCUUCACUCUUGACGUCAUCAGCCACGUUGGUCUCGGUAAACCAUUCGGUGACCUCAAGGCUGACGCAGAUGUGUUCGACUACCUGAAGUCUACCGAAGAGGGCCUGAGGAUUGGCAACACGUCUCUAGCCCUUGGUCUAAACUGGCUUCGCGAACUUCCUGUUAUCGGCCCAGCAAUCAGUCCCUCCGAGAAAGACGUUUCUGGAUUUGGAAAGAUGAUGGCAGAAGCACGGAAACUUGUUAAUGAGCGAAUGACUCAAUCGAUGGAUACCAAGUCAGACAUGCUGGCGUCUUUUCUCCGCAACGGUGUCAGUGGAGAGGACUUGUUUCAAGAGGCCUUCGAACAGAUACUGGCUGGGUCUGACACGACAGCUGCUUCGAUCAGAGUCAUCUUACUUUACAUCAUCAGCCAUCCGCGGGUGUAUGCCAGACUGCAGGCCGAAAUUGACGCCGCCGUUGAAUCGGGCAAAGCACCUGCCUCGCCGGAAGUCAUCUCGGACGCAGCAGCACGUGAAUUACCCUACCUUGGUGCUGUUAUAAGAGAGGCGAUGCGCGUUUAUCCGCCAGUGGCCAACCUCUUCUCCAGGAUUGUUCCGGAUGGCGGUGAUGUUGUGACUGUCGAUGGGAAAGAAUAUUUUCUGCCUGGAGGUACAAUGGUCGGAUACUCGGCAUGGGGCAUGCAUCGCAAUAACAAGCUGGUAUAUGGCGAGGACGCCAAAGUCUUCCGGCCCGAGAGGUGGCUCAUAGAUGCGAGCACUCCGGAGCAGGAAGAGCAGCUCGCUAGGAUGAUCAAGACGAAUGAUAUGAUCUUUGGCCACGGGCGCUGGGCCUGUCUAGGCAAGGUUAUUGCGCUCCUUGAGAUCCAUAAGAGCAUCUUCGAACUGUUCAGGCAUUUCGACCUUGCCUUAACAAACCCCCAUCAGCCAUGGCGUCUGUUCAAUACGCUUGGCUUAUUGGAGAUCCAGGACAUGUGGGUCCAUGUCACCACGCGGCCAUGA